AUGUUGUCACUUCCUAUUAUGGGAUCAUCGCUAGCCAAAAGUCUUUUGAAGAUUUCACAAAAAUUUCUUAGUUAUGAUUUUAAAACCAAAAGAAUGAGUUCUGCAAAAGAAAAGUGUAAAGAUUGUAAAAGAGAGUGUGGAAAAUGGAAAACUUCCAGAUGUCGAAUUUGGAAGCUGUGUUGA